AUGCCAUUAAUUUACAUUUUUAUUCCAGCUCCAGAAAUUUUUGCCUGUGCUGAUAACGAAUGUGCAGGAUAUAGUUUCCCUGUUGACUGGUGGUCUUUAGGUGUGUGUGCUUAUGAAAUGUUGUCAGGAACACGACCAUUUGAUAUACAUUCUGCUACUUCAAUUAGUGAUGUGCGAGCUUUAUUUAAUAUGGGUUUGCAGUAUCCAUCAUACUGGAACCGUGGUGUGAAAGACUUAAUUUCCAAGUUAUUGUGUAAUCAACCUGGAGCAAGAAUAAGUUCUUUUGAUGAAUUGAAGAAGGUUCAUUGUCUAAAUAGUGUUGACUUUGAUGCAGUUCUGCAGAAAAAAGGGAAACCCACUUUCAUUCCUCCUAAAAAUCAUUUAAAUUGUGAUCCAACAUAUGAAUUGGAGGAAAUGAUUAUAGAAGCAAAACCACUUCAUAAGAAGAAGAAACGACUUGCAAAGCAAAGGUCUCUUAAAGAAAUGCAAGGAUCACUUUCCUUAGACAUGGAAAUGGAUUUAAACAGUGAUGCUUUCUUGCAACAACUUCCCAACUUUAAACCUUAUAAUAGAGAACUCGACAUGGUAAUUCGUGAACGUGAAACUAAAGAACGUUGUUGGGAAGAAGAACUCCGUAAGUCAAUGGAGGCUUCAAACCCCAUCGAGUGUGCUGCAUCUCUUAGUAAGAAGUGUCAAACAAAAUCAACCAAAGAUCAACAAAGUGAACAACAACAAGAGAAGCCAAGUUCAAAUAAUUCAUCUCCUUCAGCAAAUGCUUCUGUUAUUCAGAAAAUACAUUCACUAAGUAUAGAGAGUGAUGCAUGCAGUUGACAAGUACCCAGUAAUUCAAAGCCUUGCAUCAUGUUUAACAUCAAUAAGUUUAAGAAAGAUAUGAAUCUAGUCAAUACAUUCAAUUUGUUCAGAUGAGAUAGAUGUGCAGUGAAAGAAAAAAAAAGCCUUUCUUAACAUGACAUCUUGCCCAAAAAUAUUUGAAAGCAUUGUUUAAAGGUGUGUUAUAGAAAUGAAUAUUAAAUGUUAAAUAAUACUCGAUCUUCAUAUUACUAAGUAAAAAUAUAUAAGCUAUUGGCAGAGGAGUGCAAGCCUUUAACUUCACAUCAGGGCAAAAAAAAAAAAAAAAAGAAUACAAUGUAUAAGACUGUAUCCAUCUGCUCAAAGAGUUACAUGAAGAAACUUGAAUUGUGAUAGACCUUUUGUUUUGUCUAGAAAACAAGACAGAAUAACAGCAAUAGGAAAUAAAACAAUGAGUGAAUACAUUCAGAAAAGAAAACAAUAGUUAAUUGAGUGUUAAUUUGGUGUGUGUUGUUCUUUCUUAAACCUUAAUGAUUCUAAGCAGAGAACUAUAACACAUCUUUGAAUAUAUAAUACAAUCUCCUGACAAGAACUGUUUACUUAUGAUGCUUGGAAGGAGGAAACAAAGCAACUGAUAGACCUAUGCAGAAAGAUAUUCAAGAUUAGUUUUUCAUCUUGAUUGUUUUGUAAUUUACAAAUUUGGAUUGUGCCUUCUGAGGAAUAACAUUAUGUGGGAACAUUUAGAAAAUGUUUAAAUAAUCUUACUUUGCAGUUACAUAUUAAAUGAGAUAACAUGAUGUCUAUCUGCUCCAUGAAAAGGAGUUCUUGUAGAGAACAUUCUCUCUGUUGCAAAUUUUAGUAAUGAUAAAUGACUACGGGUCCUGUAGAGAAUAACUGUGAUAAGUUACUUCUUCCACUAGUGCUUUUGGUUUUUAGAGUUUUGAAUGACAAGCAAUCAUGGAAGUAAAAGGUCAUGUUAUUUUUAUAGAAACAAAAUCAAAUUUGACAUUUAUUGCUACCCAUUUUGAAAUUCUCUCUGUAAUAAAUGAUUCAUGUACAUGUAUGAACUCCCUUAAUUUGUGAUAUAUUUAAUUUUUACUUUUGUACAUAUAACAUGUGUACACCUGCACACAUGCAUAUACUUACACAAACACACAAACUAAUAUUGUUUUUAUAAUAAAAUUAGUUUAAUGUACUGUCCUUUAUAUCUGGGCAUCUUCAUAUAUGCCUAUGACUUCGCAAACGUACAAUGUUCAAUUUCUGUCAUUUUGUUAAUCUUCUAAAUGAAUACAUACAAUGGCUUUCUGACAUUCUGAUAUAAUGUAGUCAUACAAUUUGACACUUUGUAAAAAAUGUUACAAUUUAAACAAAC